AUGGUGAUCGCGCCGCUGAACGCGUCGCAGCCUCACGAGGAGGGCUGGAAGCGCAGCGAGGAGCUCUUCCAGAGGGGCUCCCCCCUCAGGUCGAAGAAGAGCAUCAAGCUCAACGCGACGUGGGAUAUGCGCAUGACACUGCUGGAGGAUGGGGUCACGGUCGGCCACUGGGAUGUCACUGGCAUCCACCAGGCGACGCUCAUGAACCCCAACCUCUCCGCCCCGUUAGUCUCGCUCAAGUUGGACCUCACUGGCAGCGGCACCAUCGAGAUAUCCAGCGCGCUGGCUGUCUUCGACGAGCCGUACUACGCGCCUGUACCGUUGGCGAAGCCCGUGGGCAACGGCAGCGCCGCCGGCAACGCCACCAAUGCCACCAAUGCCACCAACGCGUCCCUCGAG